AUGAAUAAGGGUAAAAACAAUCAUAGAAGAGCAUAGUCUAAUAAUGAUUUUCAAUAAAUAAUAAGUUCUAAAAUAACUGGAGUAUCUGAGUAAAAUUCUCAUAAAAAUUUACACAAAAACCAAAGCUUUGGUAAUAUGUUAUUCCAAAUUCCUGAAUAGACUGAUGUUGGCUCUUCAACAGAAUAAUCUCAUCAUUCUGAAAAGAAGAAUUGUAUAAAUGAUUAAUUAUAAUCAUAAAAGAAGAACUAUUCAUAAGAUCAAAAAGAAAAUCUAAUAAAUUCCAAUUCUUGCACAAAUAUCAUCUCAUCAAUUUAAUACAUGAUUAAAAGUAGUCAUCCAAUAAAAGAAAUAGCAUAAAAAACAUUAAAUAAUGAUAGUUAAAGUAAAAAAAAGCAUCUAAGUUUUACAAAUGAAUUGCAAAAGAAAAAUAGCUAAAUUCUCCAUUAAUCAAACAAAAUAGAUAUCUCAUCAAGUUUAACUCCAGAAAGAAAAAAAACUGAUAAUAACAAUAGUAAAUAGAACAGUUAUAAAUAUAAAUCUGAUUAAUAAUAAAUCGAUGGUCAAGAAAAAUAAAAAAUAGAAUUAUCAAAUUUCUUAUUGAACAAUUUAUUAAAAGUGGACUAAAAAAAGAAAUCAAAUGUUGAAUAAUAAGACUCUUUUAGAAGGAUGGAAUUUCAAAUGAAUAAGAUUUAGAAGGAUAUUUCUAAAAUAAAAAAAAGGCAGGAUGAAUUGGAUGUGUUCAAUAGAAAUAUAUAAAAUCAACUAUUUGAUUUUAUUUCGGAAAGUAGAAAAUAUUAGGAUGUAAAUUUGAAUUUAAGAUUUAGUAUGGAUAUUAAUCUCUCUAAAAACUCGAAUAAUUGGAAUAGAUAACAAGAAGGAAUGAAGAAUCAAUAAAAAUACUUAAAUAAAAACUAUUCAAUAAUGAAAUUCAGUAGGUUAGUACUACUAAAAAUCAUGAAAAUAAUAUCAAUUUUGGGUAUAAUAAUUAUGUUUAUAAUUUAGUAAUAUUUCUUCUUAUAAACAAGAACUUGAUAUACAAAAAAAAAUAUCUGAUUUUAAGUAUGUCAAUAAAUAAUAUAAUUGA